AACCCAGCGCGCCUCACGUUGCAUGGGUCCCCGGUUAUUGAUAACAUCGUUUACCGCUGGGAUCCGUCCUAGUAACGUGAGAAUAAAAGAAAAUAAAAAUAAAAACUCGUGGGAAUAACUCGCUGGGAACCCGAAAGGCUGCGUGGAACGGAGGAAAACAACAAGCAGCUCAGUGAGGCGGACAAAUACAAAGCCGAGCCCACCCUCUCACUUGACAACGCGACAUCCACCGAGGCAGAAAGGAUUUUUUUCACACCUGUUGUUCAUCCAUCCUCCCUAACCUGCUGUGUUGGGGAAACCCCUGAUGAGUGGGACCUGUAUCCAUGAGCCCCGCGCCCCUUCCCCUUCCCUGUCAGGCUUCAGCACCCCAAUCUCAGAACCCCCUUAUCGGAGACUCGAUGGAGACACCCCUGCCUGCACCCCUGAAACGGACCUGACCCCCACACAGUGUGUGCUUCGUAACGUACUGUCCAUUGAACCUACUGUACACGGAGCCCCGAGCGGCAGCAGCCCAAGUCCCAGUGAUGGGUGCACAGCUCACUUUGACAACAGCGUGCUAAAACUUCAUGAACAUGAGGCCUGCCAGUGUGGUGGCAGUGGCGGGGCGGAAGCGGGCCACAGUCCAGAAGCCGGAGCUGUUAGGAGCCAGUCAGAGAACAUUAGGCUCCAGUCAGGCAGUGGAGGAUUUUUGGAGGGACUUUUUGGCUGCCUGAAACCAGUCUGGACCAUGAUUGGAAAAGCUUACUCCACUGAACACAAACAUAAUCAUGAAGAGUCCUGGGAGGUUCCCUUUGAGGAAAUUUCUGACCUGCAGUGGGUGGGCAGCGGGGCACAGGGGGCUGUCUUCCUUGGAAAGCUGCAUGGAGAAGAGGUAGCUGUAAAGAAAGUACGGGACAUCAAGGAAACUGAGAUCAAACACCUGCGCAAACUGAAGCACCCAAAUAUCAUCACUUUCAAAGGUGUGUGCACCCAGGCUCCGUGCUACUGUAUCCUGAUGGAAUACUGUGCCCAAGGCCAACUGUAUGAGGUGCUGAGGGCGGGCCGUAAAAUCACCCCUUGCCUCCUGGUUGAAUGGUCCAUGGGCAUCGCAGGGGGCAUGAACUAUUUACAUCUCCACAAAAUCAUCCACCGAGACCUCAAAUCCCCAAACAUGCUGAUCACACAUGAUGACAUGGUGAAGAUUUCUGACUUUGGGACCUCUAAGGAGCUCAGUGACAAGAGCACUAAGAUGUCGUUUGCCGGCACGGUGGCCUGGAUGGCUCCUGAAGUCAUUCGGAAUGAACCAGUGUCAGAAAAAGUGGAUAUCUGGUCCUUUGGUGUGGUACUGUGGGAGAUGCUUACUGGGGAGAUUCCAUACAAAGAUGUAGAUUCUUCUGCCAUCAUCUGGGGCGUGGGAAAUAACAGCCUGCAGCUGCCCAUCCCUGAGAGCUGCCCGGAUGGCUUCAAGAUCCUCCUCAGACAGUGCUGGAACUGUAAGCCCAGAAAUAGGCCUUCUUUCCGACAGAUCCUCCUUCAUCUGGAUAUAGCCUCAGCUGAUGUACUCUCCACCCCACAGGAGACAUACUUUAAGUCUCAGGCUGAAUGGAGAGAGGAGGUGAAACAGCACUUUGAGAAGAUUAAAUCCGAGGGAACUUGUCUCCAUCGGCUCGACGAGGAACUGAUUAACCGCCGCAGGGAGGAGCUGAGGCAUGCCUUGGACAUCCGUGAACACUAUGAGAGGAAACUGGAGAGGGCCAAUAACCUUUACAUGGAGCUCAGUGCUGUGAUGCUGCAGCUGGAGCUGAAAGAGAAAGAGUUGCAGAGGAGAGAGCAGUCUUUGGAUAAAAAGUAUCCCGGUUUGUUCAAGCACCACAGUUCCAGACAAAGCAGCUCUUCCAACUCUAUGGACAAGCUAAUCAAAAAAAGAAAUGUCCCACAAAAACUGCCCUCCAGCAAGAGGCCAGACAUCCUGAAGUCAGAGGUAAUUCUUCCUAAAAUGGAUUCUUCUGUGAUGCAAGUCACUAUCCCAGCCUGCCCAAACAGGAGCUCCACUUCUCCCAGCCGGUCUCGGAGAGUAAAAACCCGCCAUCGCAAGCCUGGUAAAGGCAGCAGUGGAGACCUAGCUGGUCUUAAGGCAAACCAGUCCUCCUCUAACAGGGAAACAGCAGCGCAGGCAAAAAAUGCCACCAACAACUCUAAGCAGCUCCUGGAACCAGCAGCAGCCCUGCGGGGUCUCAGCCACGAGCAGCAGCAGAGGCAGCUGUCCUCCUCCAGCCCUGACCUCAUCUGCACCACACUGGAGGCGGAGAGCCAGGGGAAAAGGGAAUCCUCAGUGAGUGGGCUGGAAAGAGGGGGCAGCCUCAGCGCCUCUGCUGGGUUAGGGGGGUCCGAGGGAGGGGCAACAGGUCUGGAUGAUCUCACAGAAACCCCCCCACGAAGUGACACUCCCAGCGAGGAUGCUGCAUCAUUCCCAUUCUCCAGUAGCCCAGACUCACCAUGUGGGAGAGGAGCGGCAGCUGGAAGAGGAUCCCUGGGAUCUCCUCGGCUUCCUCAUGACGGGGAGGAUAAGGAUGAGGGAGCCAGCUCUGUAAGGAUACCUCGGGGGGCUUCAGGGGGGAUUGGGACCCAGCACCUCACACCUUCAGCCAUUCUGUACAGGGCAGCUAUCACACGCAAGCAGAGGCGUGGGGUGUCAUCAGAAGAGGAGGAGGGUGAAGUUGACAGUGAGGUUGAGUUGCCACGGAGACGCCGUCCAACUAGCAUCACCAAGUGCCAGUCGGUUUCUACCUUCAGCUCAGAAAACCUCUCGGUAUCAGACGGUGAGGAGGGCCACACCACUGACCACUCUCACAGCGGCACGCCUGACGUGGUCAGCACAAACACAGACGACAGGUUGGACGACCGUAGUGAUGACCUCCUCUCCCAGGGGUCGGAGAUCCCGGCAGACAACACUGAUCCUGCACAGACGUCUGACGGUCUGUCGGAGAGGGAUGGUGCUCCGGGCCAAAGCAAACCUCAGCUGGACGCCGGGCAGAAUCCUAAUGAGAGCCGCGUCUUGUGCGACGAUUCUGACUGUGACAGUGCUGAACUGGAUCAGUCAGGCAGUGGAGAGCCAAGUCGACCCCCUAGUGCCGGAGCGUGGGUGUCGCCAUCCCAACCCUAUCAGGUGUCUCCACAGACGCCCAACACUGGACAUCCACCCUAGAUCGUCAGUCCUAAACAAGGACCUUCAGCCAGCUUACAACGAGCAACCAUCACAGGCGUACACCAAUCUGUCAGUGCAGUACAUUACUGUUGCCAUGAAGGACCACAACUAAUAAAACACUCAGACAAUGACAAGUAGGCUUAUGGUGUCUCAUAAAUGUUGGCAGGCAAACCUGUAUUGGAUUGUAUAGGACAUUUGACAUAACAUUACAGAUAUAAUCAGAUACUGUAUUUUGGCAGCUUGUGACCUCAGUUAAAUGUAAUUUAUGUUAAGUAGGGUCGUUUUAAGGGAAAAUAGUUACCACGUUAACCUUAGGCACUAUGCCAGUUCAGCAAAAACCCAUCGUUAGAUGUGCACACACGCACAAGAAGAUACUACACUCUCUAAAGUAGUCCUUAAAACACUUUAACCCUCACUCUGGGAGCAUCCUCCAUGAUUCUCCACACUCUAAUGCAUCAAAUACUAAUGAGAAAUAAUGUAAAUAUACAGUAUGUACCACAAGAAAUGUUUAACUUUAUUUUAUAUGUAAGAUAAAAUGUAAGACUAAACUGUAUGCAGCCCAGUGAACAAAUGCAUGACUACAUGUGUAUAAUUUAUGUUUGAAUGUGUCUGUUUUCUAUUUUGUGAAAGUUUACACUUUUUUAAUCCUGAAAGUCUUAAUUUAGUUACCUAACCUAACUUUUUGUUUAAUAAAUGUCAGCAUCACAAAUGACUAAAAAAAACAAUGAAUUAAAUAUCAUGAAAACACUGAUCAUGAUGGAUAAAAUGGAAUUUGAGUAGGUGACACAUAAUUAUUGAACUCUUAUUGAGUUUUAAACUCAUUUAUGACACAUAAUGUUUUUAUAAGUAAAUCAGCUAGAAAAAGGAAGAAUUUAGGGAUCACUUAUAUUGCACCUCUACCUUUUUUAACUUGACCUGGUUGACUAGUUAGGCACUACAAGUGUAAAAUGACUGCACAGAAUCUGGUGUUCCCGAUUUCAAUACGGUAACUUUAAGUCAAAAUUCUCAAGCAAAAAACAUUCUCUUCUACUUAAGAAAUUUGCAAAAGAAUUAUUGUAUUUUUCUGCCCUAAAAUAUGGUACAGUAAGCAGAUAUAUCUUUAUUUUCCAACGAAUGUUCUUGUAAUGCAAUCACUCCGCACCUGUGCUAGCUGCUUAUGCUAACUAAAGUUUGUUUAGCCUACUGAGCAUCAUAAAAGAUAUCAUAUUCAGGGAAAUGGAAGUUUCUUUUUAAUUUUUUUUAAAUCUUAUUAAAGUUUUAUUUUAAAUUCCCCCUACAACAAUGUCUCCCCAUUCUAAUAAAAACACACUUGGUGCUAUCUGCCAAUGCUAACUGAAUUAGCUUUUUAUAAACCUAUACCUUUAUAUAAUAAAAUGUGUCCAUAAAUGAAUAAUUGAAACUUGAUAUGUUAAAACAAGAAAUAUGAACUUUUUUCAAUUUCCUCCGUUGCUAAAAUCUGGUUGUAACAUUUACUACAUCACAAAAUGUAGCAAUAAUUAAUGCUAUUAAUCAUUAUUGAAGUGCUAUUGGGCUAAAUCCUAAACCUUUUAGUUCUGCACUUUGACCUUACUCUCCACAUUCAUAAAUUAAAAUUUUAUCUUUUUGAGUGAGGAAUAAUUAUUAAAUUUAUACCAAUAUCAUUACAAUGCAUUUUCUGCAAACUUAAGUCUUUGGUUUGUGGUCUGAAGACAAACGAAACAAGUCAAGCCUUUUCAGCACUGCACUUUGUUCUUGCUGAUCAAUAAUACAAUGAAAUCUAAGGGAUCAUUCACAGUUUACAUCCUCUUUACAAGUGUACAAAACAUACACUUGGGGGGGGAUAAUAUUAAGCUAGUAUUAUCGCACAAUUUACCAUUUGCACGUUGACACUGAUUUUCAGUCAGUUAAUUUAAUUUCUGAUUAAUUUUGAAAAUAUAACCUUGGGGGUUUGUAAGUGAUUAUUAUA